CCUCUGGGGUCCAAAAUUUGCUGACAGGAAGAAAGCUGAAACAGAAAAAAAGCCUGACAGCCAUGUCAUGUUUAAUAAUAUCUGCAGGUCAAAUUUCUAAAUAGAGACGAAUAGACUCUGCUUUUUCACAUGCCAGUUAAAUGAAAUAUGUUGACAUUCCUUAGAUCCUGAUGUGAAGUUUUGGCAGCUGUCCUAGAACCUGUCAAUAAAAUUUCCUAAUUCCUAGAUAGUUGUGAUAAUCAGCUUAGUUAUUUUGACUUUGAUAAAUUUGACUUUGAAUACUAUAAACUUAUAUUUUUCUAAUAUCAGCCCACACCAUUUCUGUUAGUCAUAUUACCAAUUCUCCUCAUGCCUAAACCAGAAGACCUUAGUCAUCUUAUAUUUCCCCCUCUAACUCUUCUAUUACUGAAUCUCAUGGUUUCUUUAUUCAGAAGAUAAUGAAUUUGUCUCUUUGAUGAUCAUUGCUGAAGCCGUCACGUUGUUUUCUAGGACAUGGUUACUUCAUGGUCAUCCCCUGAAGUCCCCCAGAACAGUUCUUAAACAUAACUAUUGUCAUGUUUUCUCUUCAGGAACCUAUAAAGUUUCAGGUCCAAAUUUCUGUGCUUGGACUUCAAGGCCGUUUCUCUAUAAUCCAGCCAAAUAAUUCCUAUGCAAUAUGAUAUGGUGGGAAAAGCUAAGAGUAAGAAGAUCUGAAUUCAAAUACUGAGACUGUCAUUAGUAACACUGUAUCCUUGGGGAAACUUUGAGAUUCCCUUUUGUAUUUCUCAUUUAGGAUAACAAAAUCUUUUCUUUCUGUCUCUUAAUUAUUGUGAGAAUUAGAGUUGACAUAUAUGUGGGAAAGCAAAUGGUGCUUUAAAAUGAAACUGAUAUUUCUCAUUGUACUCAUUCAUUCCACAAACUUUUGAUAACCUAGUAUCUGUGAGACGUGGAUGCCCUAAAGUUUGAAAGAUAGUCCCUAGUCUUAAGACACUGUCUUCCAAGUAGUUUUUAGAGUGUGUAUAUAGAGGGGAUAGUUCAGCAGGAUUUCUUGACAGGAUAGUGUGUGAUAUGGGCUGUAUAAUUGCUAAGUUUGGGGUAAGAUAAGUACCAAAUCCAGGUGAGAGAGGGAUAGGGACGUGUUCCUGGAGAAUGUUAUACUUGAACAGAGCCUUGAAUGACAACGAAAAUCCAGAUGGAAAAGGUGGGAAGGUAGCAUGAAAGAAAAUUUUAGAGUACUGCAAGUCGUUGGGUUUUUGGUAGUGUUACAUUCAAAGAGGAGUAUAGGAGAUGGGACUAAAUAGGUAGAUAGGCAUGAGAUUUGAAGGGCUUUAUGUGCUAAGGCAAGGCUCUGAAGAGUUUUAAGCAGGCAGUUGGACAGAUCAUAGUUGCUUUUUUUAGAAGUUCAUUUUGGUUGCAGUAUGUACUUCCUUAUUGCAGUAUACAGAAACUUUUUUCUUCCUCUCCUCAUUUUCUUUACUCCAUCCAGAAGGACUUAUGCCCUCUCCUCAUACCUUAAUAGUAUUUAUUGUUCAGUAGCAGUUCAGGUGCCAUUUCUUAUGUGAAGCAUCCCCCAAUUAUUUUAGCCCUCACUGCUUAUUCUCUUCUCUGAAUCCAUAUUAGAAAUAGAACCACACAGUUUCAUGUAUGUUUUAUGUCCCUAAAUAGAUUGUCAGCUCUUUGAAGCUAGGGAAUAUUUCUUAUGUCUAUGAAUGGAAGACAUGUUAAACACACCAUGUUGCUUAAUGUCCUUGUAUUUUCUUUUUCAGGGUAGGGACAGAUUAUGGGCAUCUGUCCUUUUAAUUAAUUAAUCUGUCAUCAUCAUGGCUAAUGAAGGCUGUCCCAAGGCUGGUGAUAGUCCUUUUCCAUCAGAUAAACAUGCUCAACACAUCUUGGCUCAGAUCAAUAAAAUGAGGAAUGGGCAGCAUUUCUGUGAUGUGCAGCUGCAAGUUGGGAAGGAAACUUUUAAAGUUCAUCGGCUGGUUUUAGCUGCCAGUAGUCCCUAUUUUGCAGCUUUGUUCACUGGAGGAAUGAAAGAGUCCUCAAAAGAUGUUGUACAGAUUCUAGGAAUUGAAGCUCGAAUCUUUCGGAUACUUCUAGAUUUCAUUUACACGGGUAUAGUAAACAUAGGUGUGAAUAAUGUCCAGGAGUUGAUUGUUGCAGCAGACAUGCUGCAGUUGACUGAAGUUGUUAAUCUUUGCUGUGACUUUCUGAAAGGACAAAUUGAUCCACUGAACUGCAUUGGGAUCUUUCAGUUCUCUGAGCAAAUUGCCUGCCAUGAUCUUUUGGAAUUCACAGAAAACUAUAUUCAUGUCCAUUUCUUGGAGGUUCAUAAUGGGGAAGAGUUCCUGGCACUUACAAAAGACCAGCUGAUCAAAAUUCUGCGAAGUGAAGAGCUUAGCGUUGAAGACGAAUACCAGGUCUUCUUAGCUGCCAUGCAAUGGAUUUUGAAAGAUCUGGGAAAUAGAAGAAAACACGUGGUGGAAGUGCUAGACCCAAUUCGAUUCCCUUUGUUACCUCCUCAGAGGCUUCUAAAGUAUAUAGAAGGAGUAUCUGAUUUUAAUCUUCGAGUUGCAUUGCAAACACUUUUGAAAGAGUACUGUGAGGUGUGCAAAUCUCCCAAAGAGAACAAAUUUUGUAGUUUUCUGCAGACAUCUAAGGUUCGACCUCGGAAGAAAGCAAGGAAGUACCUAUAUGCAGUAGGUGGAUAUACUCGGUUGCAGGGUGGUCGCUGGAGUGAUAGCAGAGCCCUCAGCUGUGUAGAACGUUUUGACACCUUUAGCCAGUACUGGACUGCUGUGUCUUCACUUCAUCAGGCUCGAUCUGGGCUAGGAGUGGCAGUUUUGGGAGGGAUGGUCUAUGCUAUUGGAGGUGAAAAGGAUUCGAUGAUUUUUGACUGUACAGAAUGCUAUGAUCCAGUUACUAAACAAUGGGCAACUGUAGCUUCAAUGAAUCAUCCCCGCUGUGGCUUGGGAGUGUGUGUGUGUUAUGGGGCUAUUUAUGCUUUGGGUGGAUGGGUUGGAGCUGAGAUAGGGAACACCAUUGAGCGAUUUGAUCCUGAUGAAAAUAAGUGGGAAGUAGUUGGUAACAUGGCUGUGUCACGCUACUAUUUUGGGUGCUGUGAAAUGCAAGGUUUAAUUUAUGUAAUUGGGGGCAUCAGCAAUGAAGGAAUAGAACUUCAUUCUUUUGAAGUUUAUGAUCCACUUUCAAAGCGUUGGUCUCCACUUCCUCCAAUGGGAACUAGGAGAGCAUAUCUUGGAGUGGCUGCUCUCAAUGACUGCAUCUAUUCUAUUGGAGGGUGGAAUGAAACACAAGAUGCUCUUCAUACUGUAGAAAAAUAUUCCUUUGAAGAGGAAAAGUGGGUUGAAGUUGCCUCGAUGAAAGUACCCAGAGCAGGCAUGUGUGUUGUGGCAGUCAAUGGGCUUCUGUAUGUUUCUGGAGGUCGCUCUUCCAGCCAUGAUUUCUUGGCUCCAGGUACCUUGGACUCAGUUGAAGUUUAUAAUCCUCAUUCAGAUACAUGGACAGAAAUUGGUAAUAUGAUCACCAGUCGUUGCGAAGGAGGUGUUGCUGUGUUAUGAAAUAUAAAGCAUAAAAGAACAAAAGAAAUAUUUUGAAAAUACAGAAUCUGACAUUUGAAAUCAAACAUGUAUUUGGUGAUAAUACCUUCUAGUUCUAUCAUAUUUUCAAUUUAUUUGUUGGAGAGAUGACUAAAGGGUGAUUUUUGUAAGAAUUUGAAUGAGAAGGGAUAUUGAAUAUAUCCUCAAGUAAUUAAGAGCUCACACACAUUUGCCAAGCUUACCAACAAAAGAUAUGUUGUUUAUGCUCUAGAAUUGUGCACUUAAUGGUAGAGUCCUAUUUGUAAGUGAUUUGUUAAGAGAUUUCUUGGCAAAUAACCCUUUAAGCUUCUCUAGUGCAAUUCAAACUGUAACAUGACCUUUAUGUGAUAUAGGAAUAAUAUCUGUAAUACAGUUUAAAGAUCUCUGUGGAGCCAUGAUUCAAUCCAGAGCACAACUUUCCAACCUAGACAAAAAAGCCAAUUAAACAACUUCCUACUUUUAUGAUUGCUGGAGGUCUCACUAGCUCCAAAGUUUUUAUUGGCAGAAAAUAUGCUGGGAGGGGCAUGUGGGAAAUAUCUAGCUAUCUAUAUAGAUAUUUUAAGUAAGUUUUUGCCUGUUCAUAACAGCAUAAGAAAAGCUUUUGCUCGCUCAUGGUUUUUGUCUUAAUGCUGAGAAAUGCAAGUGAGAAAUAGGAGGCUUUUAGUGACAGUCCUUGAUUACAACAGGAUGAUCUAAUGGGUGAUAGGGCCCUGCAGAGGUAUUAUGCACCUAGUAAGUUUCUUCCUUUUUUCCUAGAUAGUCAACAAAAAUAUCUAAUUUUGGUUUUGGAAAGAAGGAUUUUAUUAGGUUAUCAAGCUUUGUGAAGGUUAUUUCCACUUCUUGGGUAAGCCUAAGUAUGAGCUAUCUAAAAAGCUACUGCCUACACUGUCUUGGGGAAGGCUGAUUUGUAGAUACCUAUGCAACUAUUUUAUAGACACCGACUCUUAACUGUAAACUCAAGGCUUCUGAACCAAAACUGCUGAGUAAACUUCUCAUUUUCCCCCUGAGAACCCUUCUAAAGAAUUGCUCUGUUCAGUUCUGAGAGGAAGAUUCAUCAUGCAAAUGGUUAUCACUUUUAAGUUAUUGCCACUAGCCAGUUGGAGCCAUAUAUAUUACAGGUCUUUUAUAUUUAACUAGCUGACUGAGGAAUUUUGUUUGCCUAUCCCUGAUUUCCCCAUUUCUUUACUAAGGCCUUUUGGUACAGUUACAAGGCAUCCAUAGGUUAUUUAGAUAGAAAACCUUUGGUAAGCAUUAAAGAGUUUUAAGUAGCACUCAUAUCCAAAAUAUUUGGAUUGGCCAAUAAGGAUACUCUAUUUCAUAAUUUAAGCACAUGUGUGUAUUAGGAAAACUUUACAUAGUGUAUACAGAAAGCUGUGUCCCCUUCUCUGGAUUAUCCUGAAAGCCUGCAAGGUCAUAAAUGCCUGGUUGAGAUCUGUAAAAUGUCAAAGAAUGAAGUAUCAAGAUAAUUUGUAGACUAUUUAAACUCUAACUCAUGUGCCUUUAAUAUUUCUAGUCACAGAGAAUCUGUACUCUGAUUCAAAACAGAUUUAUAAAACGCUCCUACAGUUUAAUUCUCAUUAUUGCUUAGUACCAACCUAGAGUGGCACUGUGAAAGGAGGUGUUUUGUACUGCUGUGGUAGAAAUAUGAUGAUAGAAGAAUCAGUGUUUGGUUUUAACAAGCCCAGAAAAUCCCUGAAAAUAGGUAAUUUGUAAAUAUGCUUAUUAUUUCCUAUGUAACAUUGUUUUAAAAAAGAAUGCACUAAUAAAGCAUCUAGAUUUU